GCGGCGGCGGCGGAGUCCCGGGCCCGCCGGCCUUGCGCGGCGGCUUCCCGUCCGGGGCCGCGGCCGCGGCUCGCCUCCUUGUCCCGCCGGCCGUGUGUCUUCCCCCUGGGGCAGGGGCUGCUGGGCCGCUGAGGCGUGGGCCGCUGUUCUGCUACUGCUGCGCCCGCGGAUGCCGUCAAGAUGAGUGUGCAGGGCCAAGGUUUCCCUCUGGACCUUGGGGGGAGCUUCACCGAGGAUGCCCCGAGGCCCCCGGUGCCAGGAGAGGAAGGGGAACUCGUUACCACGGACCUGCGGCUAAGCAGCCAUGGGUUCUACUCCGUGAAGUGCGAUGCCAUCAAAACCGAGACUUCCACGGCUACUCCGAGGCGCCCCGACCUGGACCUGGGCUAUGAGCCGGAGGGGAGCGCUUCUCCCACCCCUCCCUACCUGAGAUGGGCAGAGUCUCUGCACUCUCUGCUGGACGACCAAGAUGGGAUAAACCUCUUUCGGACCUUCCUGAAGCAAGAGGACUGUGCGGACUUGCUGGACUUCUGGUUUGCUUGCAGCGGCUUCCGGAAGCUGGAGCCGUGUGACUCCAACGAGGAAAAGAGGCUCAAGCUGGCCAAGGCCAUUUACAAAAAGUACAUUCUGGACAAUAACGGGAUUGUGUCGCGGCAGAUCAAGCCGGCCACGAAGAGCUUUAUAAAAGAUUGCGUGAUGAAGCAGCUGAUCGAUCCGGCCAUGUUCGACCAGGCCCAGACGGAGAUCCAGUCCAUGAUCGAGGAGAACACGUACCCCCUCUUCCUUAAGUCGGAUAUUUAUUUGGAGUAUACAAGGACGGGUGGGGAGAGUCCGAAGGUGUACAGUGACCAGAGCUCAGGGUCGGGGACAGGGAAGUGUCUCCCCGGCUAUUUGCCUACCCUUAACGAGGACGAGGAAUGGAAGUGCGACAAAGAGGUGGAGGAGGAGAUGUCCGGCCGGGAGUCUGCUCCCUCCAGCCGGCUCACCCAGAAGCUCCUCCUGGAGACGGCCACACAGCGAGCCACGUCAUCCAGGAGAUACAGCGAGGGGAGAGAGUUCAGGCAUGGGCCUUGGAGAGAGCCAGUCAACCCUUACUACGUCAACACGGGCUACGCCUUGGCACCCGCCACCAGUGCCAACGACAGCGAGCAGCACAGCAUGUCCAGUGAUGCUGACACCAUGUCGCUGACAGACAGCAGCGUAGACGGGAUCCCGCCGUACCGACUCCGGAAGCAGCAUCGCCGAGAGAUGCAGGAAAGUGCCAAAGCAAAUGGACGUGUGCCACUACCUCACAUUCCCCGUACUUACCGUAUGCCAAAGGAUAUCCACGUUGAACCACAGAAAUUUGCUGCCGAGCUGAUCAACCGCCUGGAGGAAGUCCUCAGGGACCGGGAGGCGGAGGCCAAGCUGGAGGAGCGCCUGAAGCGUGUCCGAGCGCAGGAGGAGGAAGGCGAGGAAGCUGACGUCUCCUUGGGGGCCCCCGUGGUGGGCCACAAGCUCCCCCUGCCGCAGGCCCUGCCCCACUUUGCCCCCCGCUUUGCCGAGAUGCAGCUCCGGGACGCCCACGAGGAGAACCCCGAGAGCAUCCUGGACGAGCACGUGCAGAGGGUCAUGAAGACGCCGGGGUGCCAGUCCCCGGGCCCCGGGCGCCACUCGCCCAAGCCCCGCUCCCCCGAGGGCGGCCUGGCCAGCAAGCUGCACGGCUUCCUGGGGACGGUGCCCCUCGGGCACGGCAAGCACGGCGCCAAGGCGGCCCUCAAGGCAGACGCGGCCGGCCUCCACCACCACAAGCACGUCUACCACCAUCACCUGGUCCACCACCAUGGGGCACUCAAGCCCAAGGAGCCGCCUGAGGCGGAGGCCGGCCUGGGCGCGCCAGGACCCUUCCCCUGGAAUGUGGAUGCGCACAGCUACGCCGCCAAGUCGCGGGCCUACGGGGAGAGCCUGGGCCCUCUGGAGCCCUCGGCUUAUGGCGGGAAAGCCGGCCUGCUCUCCAAGAGGAGCGUCAAGAAAGCCGAUUUGGGGAAGAGCGACGGCAGCGGCCACGAUGCUCCGGGCUCCUCGGAGGACGUGGAGAAGAACCAGAAGAUCAUGCAGUGGAUCAUCGAAGGCGAGAAGGAGAUCAGCAGGCACAAGAAGACAGGCCACGGCUCUUCCGGGGCCAAGAAGCAGCAGCCCCAUGAGCUGCCUCGACCGGUCUCCGUGGAGCGCCCCAUGGCCGUCCACCCGUGGGUCAGCGCCCAGCUGCGCAACGUCGUCCAGCCUUCGCACCCCUUCAUCCAGGACCCCACCAUGCCCCCCAACCCGGCCCCCAACCCGCUGACGCAGCUGGAGGAAGCCCGGCGGCGCCUGGAGGAGGAGGAGAAGAGGACGGGGAAGCCGCCAGCCAAGCAGCGGUAUGCCCAAGAGGUGAUCCAGCGAGGUCGCUCCUCUGUCAGGCCGGCUUGCAUGCCGCUGCUGAGUGUGGUGCCUGCCGUCUCCGACCUGGAUCUCUCCGAGUCUGAGGCGAAGGUGCAGAAGAGGCCGGGGGGCAGCUCCACUCAGCCCUGCGAGAACAUUGUGGUGGCCUACUACUUCUGCGGAGAGCCCAUCCCCUACCGCACCCUGGUCAAAGGCCGCAUCGUCACCCUGGGCCACUUCAAGGAGCUGCUCACCAAGAAAGGGAACUACAGGUAUUACUUCAAGAAAGUAAGCGACGAGUUCGACUGCGGCGUGGUGUUCGAAGAGGUGCGGGAGGACGAGGCCGUCCUGCCCAUUUUUGAGGAGAAGAUCAUUGGGAAGGUGGAGAAGAUUGACUAGCCCAGAGGAGUCCGAGAGAGACGGAAGCAGCCAGAGAUGGGCGGAAGCGCCGGCCAGGGAGGGGGGCAGGGGGGGCACCGGCAGCACUGGCAUCUUUCCACACCCGCUGCCCAGAAUGGCGCUGCCUCCCCCCUGCCUGCCUGCCUGUGGGGCGGCCACCAGCCCCCUCAGCACAACCUUGAUGCUUUGCGCAUUAGGGGGGCUGUUCACCGAAGCCGACCAUUUUGAUAUCAUCAGG